AUGGGGGUAACAGCCGCCUGGAUGUCUCCAGUUGCUAUCACCUCGCUCCCCGAAUCUUCCGGAGACUCUGCAGACGUUUAUACAUCUGGAACUCCCCCCAGUGCUGGAAAUCUGAAUCUUGAACCUUUGGCUCUUUUCAUCCAGAAUAUUGCCACCGAAUUGCGCAAACGACAGCUGUGCGAUUAUUUUUCCAUGUGCGAUGGGACGCCAAAUUCACUGAAUAUGUACAACAGGGAACUGCCACAGAUUCGAAAGAAAGAUAAAUGUUUUGAGAGCAGUUUCCAGAAGGUGAGUAGUCCCUUCAGUGUUAUCUUUUGCCGCCUGGAGCUGUGCUGGCUGCAAAAAGGGGUAUUUGUUGCUGAACUGACGCACCGGACACGCCCACUUGCAAAUUUCAGUGAAAAGAAAAAGUGUUUGACCAAGAUUGUCAAGGGAUUUCAGGACUAUAAGAAGUACCUGCAGUUUGUGAGUCAAUGGAUUGAAGUUGAUAAUUUGCAAGUGGAUGCAAUGCUGAGCAGCACAAAGAUUUUGGUUGACCUGCUCCCACUUGAGAGCAAAAUUCGUGAGCGUAUUGCUCAACAAGAUAAAGGCAAUGAAGAGGCUUUCAAUCUGGAAGGGUCUUCUAAAACAGACUGGGAUAAGCAAGUGACUGUUCACGUGAUUCUUAGAAAUUUUGCUCUCUUUAUGGAGAGUACUAUUCGAGCCAUUCGCUUCAUGCAAUCAGCACCUGCAACAGCUUCAUUAUGA